AUGGGAAAGACAAGACCAAAUAUUCACCAAUCAAAGUAUGCGCCACACAACAAGCGAAAGGCAGCAUCAGGCGAGGAAGCGCCUGUGUCGAUGAAGGAGAAGGUCGGGAAAGAGUUGGAACUUGCCAAGCUCCGUAAACAGGUCACCAUUGACAAGCCAAAGAAGACGAUUAAGAAGAAGCCAAUGAGCACAAAGGCCAAGAUUCGCAAGGGAAAGACGCUCGAGCGUGGAUUGAUGAACGCCGAGAAGGAUGAGAAGAGAAUCGAUAAGCAUCAUGAUAAGGUGACACUCAAGAAGCGCGGCAAGCAGAUGUGGGAAUAA